AUGAUAUGUUUACCCCUCAACGAGAUAGUCGAAAUAACCAAACAAUACCCCUUUUUCUUGGGUUCAAAAUUAAAUAAUGUGUAUCAAAUUUACGUGGAUCCCUCUACCAAAAACACUUACCAAGACAAAACUUCCCUAUCGAAUGAUCAAAAUGUUAAAACGGUAUUCAAUUUUACGUUAUAUUUCAGUGACAAUGACGAAAAUAAGUACCCGGGGUCAAUUCCCGACAUAGGAGAUAUCAAGAAAACAUUGUCGGCUGCCAUCAUGGCGAAUAAAGGUUUUCUAGGAGAUACCGAUCUAUUCGUUAAGCAUUCUUCUCUGGAAAAAACAGAAUUGAAACUCUACGAAGUGUACCUACACAUACUAUCCCGUUACGACAGACCCUUGAGGUACAUCGGGGCCUAUGGCGAUCCUGACUUAUGGCAAUUCAAACUUAUAGCCAACCAUUCUGAAAUGGGUUUAAAAACCUCCCUGGAGGUCCCACUAAAUGGGACUUCCACUACCUUCAAGCAUUUCUUGCGAGACAUCAAACUGGUCAAGAUAUACGACGCUAAAAACUUUAAGGACGAAUGGGAUGAGAGUUCGGUGUUCAAGUUUAUCAUCAGCGUGGAUGAUAUAUACCCUGGAAAAGCCGAAAAUAUCUCGUCUACAUUAGCCAAAUACAUUAUCAGGAGCAAUUAUUCACUGGGCAAAUCCGGUUUCAAGGUAAACCCCGUCGGCGUUGAGCUUCCUCAGUUAAGGUCUUACAACUUUUUCUUGAGGGUCUCAAGAGUACCGAACCUUGAUCUUAAUGAACCAUUCUUGCGAGGUGUCAGAAAAAAUUUCCGGAAACUUAAACCCUUAGUCGAAAAAGCGGUAUCACGAACUAUCCUUAACACCACACUUAACAGCAAGUAUUUCGGUUCAGAUGCCCAUUGGGUUAUCAAUACUACCAGUGACAAUCGCGAUCACGAGUUAACUGGAUACGCUUUACUCAACGUCACUGUUUAUGUCCCUUCUAAAUACAGGCACUCCAUCGAGGAUAUCAAAAGAACCGUGGGUCAUGCUAUAAAAAUAUCCGAAUAUGAUUUAGGAAACACCGGAAUCAAAAUCGAUCAAGAUGAUAUUUUUGGAAAUUCUUUAACGACAGACACACGUUUUUCAAUUGGUCCUUUAUCUACUACGACCGAUAAAAAAUUGACCAAUCCUCCAUUAGGCGCUAACACAAGAGUUUCUAAACUCUUAUUUAAAACUACCAAAAUCAUCAACAAUUCAACUCAAAAUGAUAAUUCUUACGUAACAAGCCACACCUCCGUAUUUUCCAGAAGGACCACAGUCAAAAAAUUACGAUCGUCUUUCCUAUCUUCCUCCUUUUCUACUCCUGAUACCAUAACCGCUAAAACACAUGACUCCAAUGGACUCUUCAAAAACAGGGGAGAUUUGCUAUACGAAGGAAUUCUCACUAAAAGGCCUUUUGGCACCCAAAGUGAUAAGAAGUUAAGCGAUUUCGUUUCAUUGAGACCACCGGUAGUAACAUAUCCAUCUAGCCUUAGUAGUAUCUCACAUACCUCUAGACCUAUAACUUCCCCUUCUAUCAGGGUCUACAACCCAGAAUCUAGGACUAUAGUCAUAGCUCCGAUAGUAAAUCCCAAGAUCGUCAAAAACAAACAAGGGUUCGAAAUAAGUUACCCCUCCCGCAAAAUAGAGGAUAAGAAUGAUGUUGAUAAUUACACUCGUUUCAAAAAUAUCGAGAAUAUUGAUGUUCCAGGAAAUAGAUUGAGAGAUGAUACCUUUAAACCUUUCGACAUUAACGUCAAUCAUGGAGUUGGGAUUAAAAACAAUGAGGACAAAGACAAAUCUUACAUCUUCGAGAGAAUAGAAGGAGAAGGAUCAGCUUUAGUAGAUUUAUGUAGGCUCAUGAGUUGCUCUUAUGAGAAAAUUUGUCGCAUAGUUGAUGGACAUCCUACUUGCGUUUGCAAACCUGGUUUUUCCAGGAAAGGGAAUGGGCCUUGCUUUCAAGCCAAGAAGUAUACUUUAUUGGUUCGAGUAUUGAGACAGAAUACGACCUAUCUCACAUACACGCCUGAUUAUCAAAACAAAAGUUCCGCUAACUAUAAGAGAUUGAGCUCUGUGGCAGACAAAGCUAUGGAGAACACGAUCCAGAACACUAAAAUUUAUCCUUGGUACAUCAGAGGACCAUUGGUGAAUAUAGAAAAUUCUAAAAGAUUUGGCCAGAGACAUUUUGAAGAUACAGCAGAAUUAGUGGUACCCAUCCUGGUAUACGAUUUAGAUAUUGACUGGUCCUACGGCGGAAGUGACAUCGAUAUACGUAAUGAGAUAAUGGGAGCUCUGGAAGCUAACGAUAAUCGUUUAGUGGGAACAGAUUUAUACGUAGAUCCUAUACCGUUUAUUAAAGAUAUUGAUGAGUGUUCUGAUCCAAUCUUGAAUGAUUGCCACCAGCUUGCCACAUGUUACAACACAAUUGGAAGUUUUGGAUGCAAAUGCCUAGAGGGUUAUAUAGAUAAUGCUUUAGAUGAUCAAUUUAACAGUGGGAGGAUAUGUAAUGCCCCGGUAUCCGACUGUUCUGACGAACAUUGCAACUACCAUGGGAUAUGCAGCGUCGACUCGACUCUUAAUGAAAGAAUAUGUAAAUGUGAGAAAUGGUGGGUUGGUAGGCAAUGCCAACACAGUGGUAGGCUCAUAGCUAUAUUGGGCGGUUUGGCUCUGGCACUGGCAGCUUUAAUGUGCUGCUUCUUACCCGUUUGGAUAUGCUUCCACAAGGAAGCCAAACGCCGAAGGGUCGAGAACAUCAAAUGGGCUUUUGAAGGGGGUACCAAUAGCAGUGGUAAGGAUACAAUGGGCAUAUCAUCUUCCAGCGAAAAAGGAACGACAACCAAUUCCUCAUCCCACAUCAUUCCUUCGGUAGUUAUACCCCGGGCUAGGCUCUCUGAAGCUAUCAAAUCCCAAAUUUCUGCCAGAAUGAAGGAUGACAAUUUUGAUGACCUUCUACCUGUGCACUGGGACGAUUCUUUUGUCAAUAGAAUUCCUAGACCUGCUUUAGCAGAAAAUAGUCAUCAUAAACAUUAUAACCCAUUGCAAGCAUCUGCUUUGGUACACGAAGAUAACAGAAGUGAUCGUAGCGAUACUCAACUCAUAGAUGAAGGUUCUUUAAAGGGCUUUCCCAAGUCACCUAUAAUCAACAAUGCCAUGGAUAACCAGAGGAAGAUAUUAGACGAACGCACGAUGUCACCCUCAAACUUUUACAGCAACUUAGAUCGACAAACUCGGUUCAGAAGUUCUGACAUCCUUUCCAAAUUCGAUCCUUCAUAUAGACAUUUAAACCGGAACAACAACAAUAGCAACUCAACCCAAAAUCAAAGAACAUCAACCGAAAAAUAUCGCGCCGCGGAAGCCUACAAUUGUGAUUACGCCGAAGCGGAUUACUGCCAAGAUACUCAUAUCAGUUCUCACCGGACACCCAAUGACAUUUUAAAAAGUAACGAAAAAACCACCGAAAUAACAGAGGAAACGACCACCACCGUGGAAGAAUGGACCAAAAAGUAUAAAAAGUUUCCCAAAAAAUUUUCGCCUCCCCAACAAGAUAGAAAAGAGAAAGACGGGGAUGAAUUAUUCGCCAAAAGUAAUUUCUUCUCUAAUUCUACCACGAAUAAUACCCAAGGUAACAACUUCGUCAAUAAUUACAAAAAUUUUACGAAGGCAAGAGAGAGCAAUGGGGAUGUAAAUGGUAGCAGCAGUCAACUCAAUAGCCGGGAUAUUAACGUAGAAAUCGAUAAUCGAGGCCCUUAUAAUAAAGGUUACCAAACUGGACAAUCUAACGCUAAUAUGGUAGUUGGUGGUAGGGAGGAUGAGGUGGAUUACCAUUAUGAUGGAGCGAACAAUGGCAAUCGUAUUCAAGAUGAAGAGGAUUAUAGAGAUCCCAGGUUUUAUGAUGUUCAUAGCCGAAUCCUGCCCAGAAUGCCGAACACCUCUUUAAAUCCCAAUCCCAAUAAUCUUAAUAACGGACUAUCAUCUGUGCCUUCCAAACAACCAUCAAUUUCAAAUAACCACAACAAUGACCCGAGCAUUAAUAAUAGCAAUAACAACAAUCGGUUUAAACGAAACGACAAUUUUAACCGAAGCAGCGGUAAAAAGUAUUAUUACCAGAAAGGGGUGGGUAUUAAACCAGCGCAAUUUUACCAGGCCAAAAACGAUAAUCUCAAUAGCGCGGCGACAACUCCGAACGCGUUAUCUUACACGGGGGUCAAGGGGAAGGUAGCUAAAAGGUUAUCUUAUUCCGCCUCAGAUGUUUCUUCCGGCUCGUUCAAUAAUGAGCCUUAUUCAAUCGAUAAAAACAACGUUGGUAGCAGUAGUGAAAUUGCAGAUACAAGAGAAAACUAUUACCGCACCGAGGAUAAAGAUCCGAUGAAAAUGGGACAUAGAGCGGCUGACACGGAAGAAAGAUUUUAUUUUGAACGUCAAGCUAGCGAUAUUCAAGAUCACGGCAGUGAAGGCAUCAGCAAUUUUCAAAGAAUACAAAUGGCCAGGAGUGAAUCUAAUUCCGGAGAUAGUAACAAAAUGGAGGAGAAAGAUGAUGACUACGUGGUUCUAGAUUCUUCCAAUAAUCGAGAUGUCCCUAAGACGGGUAAAAGAAAAAUAAGUCAAAUGACCAAAAUAGCAGCGGAAGCUAGUCAUGUUUGCAAGGCGUGGCAAAGGAGUGGACGAUUAUCACAGACCGCUUUGAAUUCUGGCGACGGAACAUGGAAUUCGCUGAAAGGAGGUAUUUAUCCAGAGGAGGUAGCGAGUUAUUCUGAAGCCGAAGGUACAGUCCGAGAUAGGAAAUAUGUACCGAAUGAAUUUUCUGAUUCUCACAACAAUCUAAUCAAUUAUACUAACCCACAAAAUAUCGAAGACAAAACUCGCUUCCCCCAAUUUCAAAAAACCGAUUAUUACACUAAUCAAGGUUACCAAGAAUAG